AUGUUCAAAGAACAUCCAGAAUUGCGCAACUUUUUCAAUCAAACAAAUCAAAAAACUGGAAAACAACCUGUGGCAUUAGCACAAACUGUCUGCUAUUUUGUUGACAACCGUGAUAGUUUAGAUGUUAUGAUACCACAAAUGAGACGUGUUUCUAGCAAACAUCGUACAAUUACAGUCAAACCAGAACAUUAUCCAAUUGUUGGCAAGUAUUUAUUACAAGCAAUCAUAAAAUAUAUGGGUGAUAAAGCUACACUUGAAUUAAUGGCUGCAUGGCAAGCUGUAUAUGAUAUGAUUAAAGACGCCAUUAUAAGUGGACCAACUUAUUCUAUCACAUUGGAACGUAAUGAUAGUGGAAAACUAUUCGAUUAUCAUUCUGGACAAUAUGUUACAUUACGUGUUGAAAAAGAUAGUAUUCUUCAUCAUGGACACUAUCCUUUGGUCAACACAUAUGAUGGCAAUUCCUAUAAUGUUGCUUUUAAACAAGGAAAUGGUCUUGAUCAAAAUAGCAUUGUCUCAGAAGAAAUGAUUCGCAAUUACCAUGUUGGCAGCACAAUUUUACUUCCACCUCCUGCUGGUAGUUUUGCACUUGCCAAAGACGCCAAACGUCAUUUAUUUGUUAGUGGUGGUAUUGGUAUUACAUCUUUCAUGGCUAUAAUCCAAGAAUUAAAUCAACAAGGAAAAGCAGGCUCAGUAUCAUUAACUCAAUGUGUACAAACUGAAGAACAUGCUGCUAUUGCUGGCAAAUUACAUAGAAUCCUUUGA